UGCAAUUUUAUUUUAUAUAGGAUGCUCUGUAAAUUUUAUUUAAUAUUGGAUGCUCUGUAAAUUUUAUUUUAAAUCGGAUGCUCUGUAUACUUUAUAGGAUGCUCUGUUGUACAGUUUAAUUACCCCUUAUAUCUAUACAAUUAUUAUAUACUUAAAAUAGUUAUAAUAUUGAAGUGAUGUCCAUUUGAAUUGGUUGCGUUGCUUGGUUUUGGAUGCUCUGGAUCUUCGUUGCGAAGUAUUCGAUUUUCUUCCCGUCACUGGUUCGUUAAUUUUCCUCUUCGUCGUCACGAAAAGAAAAAUUAUGUUUGAUUUUAUAAAAAAAAAAUCUACACCGCUGCCACCAAAAUAUGUCGUGCACCCAAAGGGGAUUACGACGGGUAGUGAUGGAGAGGAAAUGAAAACAACACUUUGAAGAAUAUGUGUACAAUUAUAAAUGACUUUAUAUAUUAAAUUAAACAAACAUUUCAGUAGUUAAGUAUAAAUAGAUAUUCGGUUACACUGUACAGGAGUCCCGUCGGACACGACUUGUAUACAAUAAAUACAGUCAGUGCCUUCGUAAGCUCUGUAUGAAGAAAGACUCCAGAUUGACACAGUGGCCAGUGAGUAGGCCCAUUAUAUAGGGGCCCACGUGCGUUAUUGUAUGAUAUUACGAAAGUGGAGUGAUUAUUAAAAGAGCCUUUGAUUGGUCCGUCAGCAUAACGUGAUGCUGACGUCUUAUGGCGUGAUGUGGUGUAUUGACGUAAAUGAGGCCUGCUCAUUACACCAUCGACGCAUACAAAUACGGUGUACGCCCGUUUAACUAAAAUAUACGCGUUACGAAACGUGUCGUCUUAUCUGAAAUAUCGCCCGUGUUUGAUCCGUUAGGCUUGAUAAGUCCAAUCAUAAUUCAAUUAAUAAUAAUAAUGCAACGAUUGUGGCAGGUAAAUACGAGCUGGGACGCCGCGUUACCUUUAAGGCCCCCAUUCACGAUCAGUUUGCGCAACCACUAUGUUUGCGCAAAAACAUGGUUGUGCAAACACACGUACAUACACGGUCAAGCGGUUUGUGUGAACCUCAGUCCUCAGUACGUUUUUGUAUAUUACGUAGACAUAAUGUCCGACACAGAAAUUGCUUGCGCCGCGAUAAUUAUUGCCUGUUUGACCGAAAAGAAAAAAGAAAGCAGAGAAUAUGGAUGAAGGAAUGGCUAAAGAAGAGGGUAGAAUUUGGUCAUGACCGUUUAGUAUCAGAACUCAAACUAAGUUCAAUAGUUUAUUACAAAAACUAUCUUCGAAUGGAUGCUGAUACGUUUGGAGAAUUACUAGAAAUGGCUACACCUUUAAUAGAAAAAAACACUACAGUCAUGAGGACACCAAUAUCGGCCGAACAAAGAUUGUUGGCCACUUUAAGAUAUCUUGUAAGCGGUAAUUCAUUCGAAGAGCUAAAAUUCCAAACUGCCAUAGCAGCCCAAACACUUGGGAGAAUAAUUUUGAAACUUGUCAGUAGAUGAUGAUUGUUGAAGACUUUGCAAAAGACCUUUAGAUGUACCAUAUUUGACAACUAAAGUAUUGAUAGGAACUUCGUACUUCGUUUAUUAAGUCUUGUAACAAAAGUGACGUAUAAAAUCUUCUAUGAAUAGCUAACUUGUGCUUCUAGAACACCAAAACACUGAGUUAUAAAUAUUUUAAAACAAAAUAUAUUAAACAUACAGUAUACAAAA